AUGAAAGACCCUUGUUCCCAUAGUGUGAUUCAAUGGUCCAACUCCAUGUUUUUGCCUCUUCACCCUCACCAUUCUCGGCCCUUUUCCUACUUCUCAUCAGGUAACUUGGUUGCUGGCACUCCCUGCCAUGCAUCUGCUUCCUCCCCUCCGUUCGAAGCUCUUCCUCUCAUCAACUUCCUAGGCCUUCAUAUGCCCAACGAGCCUUCACCCUCUCAUGGCACGUCGAAACGAGAUGAGAGCCUGUUUCUGCAGAAAGCCGGUGCUGACGGUGAUAAUUAUAAUGGCGUAACCGUGGCUCUACAGAUAGGACUCCCCAUAACUCCUAGUCCGGCUCCAGAGCUAAGAAAAGAGGAAACAACCGUGGAUGUGGCCGAUGCCAUCAGGUGUCACUACUGGAUCCCUACUCCUAAGCAGAGUCUGGCUGGUCCUCCACAAUUCUCAUGUCCCGUUUGUCACAAGACCUUCAACAGACAUAAUAACCUUCAGAUGCAUAUGUGGGGACACGGAUCGGAGUACAGGAAAGGGCCCGAGUCAUUGAAAGGAACAACAGGGAGUAGAAAAGCACGAGCACAAGAAGGUGGUGAUGGCCUGAUGCUGCAAAGGAUGCCGUGCUAUUGCUGCGCACCUGGGUGCAAACACAACAUCCGACACCCGAAAGCAAGGCCACUCAAGGACUUCAGGACCCUUCAGACCCACUUCAAGAGAAGGCAUGGCUAUGGAAGCAAGCCAUUCACUUGUCGAAAAUGUAGCAACAAGUCAUUCGCAGUGAAAGGCGACUGGAGAACCCACGAGAAAAACUGCGGCAAGAUUUGGUACUGCAUCUGUGGCUCGGACUUCAAGCACAAGAGAUCCUUGAACGACCAUGUUAGGGCCUUUGGCAUUGGCCAUGCUCCUUCAUUUACUUGA